UCGUGAAUACUCACUGAAAGCAGAGCACCAUUUUGUGAAUUUCUACUUUUCUUCUUCAUUGUUACUAUUAUUAUCAUCCCAUAAGGAGAUUACUUCCUUCAUUAACGAACGUUUAAUAGAUUAGUCAUUCUAUGUCUAAUGCUGGUGUUGGUAAUACAAAGGUAAAUAAUAUAUAAUUUCCAACCUUCAAAAACCUCAGAGCUAAUCAAGCUAUACAAAUUUAGUGACUGAUGCACUUAGCACGUUACAGAUAUUUGGAUAAAUAAUAUUUUGGGGAAAUUUUUACCUGAGUUCUCAUUCAGUAACAUUUUGGUUGUAAGGAAGUUACUUAACUUCUUUAAGCCUCUCUUAUCUAUAAUAUUAUGAUAUAAAUAGUACCUACUGCAUACAGCAGCUAUAGGAUUAAAUGAGAUAAUCCCUGUAACAGUGUUUAAAAGCUGAAGCUCUUAACUAAACAUUAUUGAUGAUAACAUUCCAUAAAUGAUAAUAAUCAUUUCACAGGCCCUGUUGGAUCUAUGUCUACAUCCAGACUGAAAAUAUACAGUAAUAAUGUUUUGUUCAUAAAAUCACAAUGGAACAUGCAGCCCAGUUGAACACUUCGCCUUCUUAUCUCCUUGCCAUUUUAAAGCAUCAACAGAAAACAAUGUUAUGGCACUAUAGUAGAGAAUGGACUCAUUAAUGAGGGAUUGCAGAGGAAGGAAUGGUUAAGAAAAAGACAAGCCUCUACCUGCUCCAAAGAAGGAUAGGCAGGGCUUCACAGAAGAGGUGACAGAAAAGGAAGUGGAAUGGAGUAAAAUCCCCUUGAUACAGUACAAUUAUACAUUAAUGGCUGUAAUGUGAAGAGCAUCACACACGAAGAGAGCCAUCUUCCAAAAAUAAGUUUAUACACUCUCUCCUCUAACUGCAUCAGGACUUUACCAGAUAGCAUUCUUUCAGCUCUGAAAAGGAAAUGCCUAAAAGAGCUUCCAAACUCAUUUUUUAAUAAUACUAGGCUACAAGGAAUUACAUUGUGAAUUCAUUAAGGGUAACACCAAAUCACUAAACAGCACUGUUCGUACAGAAAUGUUGAAAAGCUGUGGAAAUAAUUUAGUGGCCAUUUCUGUAGGAAUUUCGCUUCUUUUACUCUUAGUGGUUUGUGGAAUUGGGUGUGUUUGGCACUGUAAACACCAUGUUGCCACACGAUUUACCUUACCGAGAUUUUUGCAAAGGAGAAGCAGCAGGAGAAAAGUCUGUGCUAAAACAUUCUUGGGACCCCGCAUCAUUGGCUUAGGGCAUAAAAUCUCAGUUGAAACCCAAGACCACAAAUCUGCUGUCAAGGGAAAUAACAUACACAAAAACUAUGAAAAUGUGGAAGCAGGUCCUCCCAAAGUUAAAGGAAAAACAAAUAAGGAACUAUAUGAAAACACACGGCAGUCCGAUUUCGAGGAGGAUAUCUACGGAAAUGAGACAUCUUCUGACUAUUAUAACUUCCAGAAGCCUCGUCCUUCUGAAGUUCCUCAAGAUGAAGAUAUAUACAUUCUUCCAGAUUCAUAUUAGCUUUUCAAAAUGCUGACUUUUGUUAUUGGAUGACAAAUACUCACUGUAAUUUUUCAACAGCAAAGACCUGGAAUCGAACUAAAUGUUUAUCAACAGUAGAUUGGAUAAAGAAAAUGUGGUAACACCAUAGAAUGCCAUGCGGCCAUAAAAAAGAACAAAACUAACAUGGGAACAGAAAAUCAAAUACCACAUAUUCUCACUUAGAAGUGGGAGCUAAAUAAUAAGAACACAUGGACAGAAAGAGAGGAACAACAGACACUGGGGCCUACUUGAGGGAGGACGGUGGAAAGAGGGAGGGGUUCGGGGGAAAAAAACUAUCAGGUACUAUGCUUAGUAUACAGGUGAUGAAAUAAUCUGUACACCAAACCGCCAAGUCACAAGUGUUCCUACAUAACAAACCUGCACAUGUACCCCUGAACAUAAAAUAAAAAUUAAAAUACUGAAAAUAAUUCACUGUGAUUUUUAUUGUACUGAUGCCAUUAUUAAUCAAGUUCUGAUAAGUAGGUAGUCUCUGCUCUAUCUCCACCUUUCUGAACCCUAUGUGUAUCACUGUGGAUUAAUUCUAGAUAUCUUCUCCACCCUCCUUGCCCCAGACUGAAUCUGUAUUAUGUGAUAUUGAGUCUUCCUUCUAAAUGUUACUUGUUAUCUCUUUCCUUUAUUUCUACCAUUAUCUUUAUCUGGAUCAGAAUUAUUGUCAUAGGCUCCUAACUGGUCCUCCUGCUUCUAGUUUCAACCCACUCCAUCAAUUACCCAUGGUACUGCCAGAUUUAUCUUCAGAAAAUAUUUCCAACAGCAGCAUCAUUUAUUUUGCUUAAAGUGUUUUAAUGCCCCCUCUUUGCAAAAGAAAUAAUACCCAUAAUUUGAACUCCAAAAUUGAUGGUUUUCCACAGUUGGUUCCAAUUCCGUUUUCCAAUGACUUCUCCUACUAUCUCUCAUUUCUUUGCUUUCAGCAGAAUCAUCUCGAAACCUGCCAAAUUUAUCCUUCCUUCACAGCUUUGCUUUUCUCCCUCCUUUCUCAAGCCUGCUUCAGAUUAUAAGUUCUUCUGCACAUCUCCUGAAUCACUCCAAACCUGCAUUUACCUUUUUAUUUUCUGAUAUAAGUUUUGAUGCCUCUUCAACUCUUAGGACAUUUAAACAUAUGAAUGUUGCCACAGCAUUUUAUUACCUAGCUUCAUAUGAAAAUGUCUUAAAUUCCCACC